AGCCACAAACAAACAAUGAACAGAUUCGUUGUCUUAUUCGCUUGCAUUGUUGUUGCAACUAGCGCGCCACUAGAAGAACAUCGGGAAGAAGGUCUAGGGCACCAGGAACUUCACGACUAUUAUGCUCCACCACAUUACAGCUUCGAAUAUAAAGUGCACGACGAGCAUAAAGGUGACGUCAAAUCUCACCAUGAGACAAGGGAAGGAGACAAAGUCAAAGGAUUCUACAUGCUGAAAGAAGCUGAUGGUACAGUCAGAGAAGUCCAUUACACCGCCGAUCACAAAAAUGGUUUCAACGCUGAGGUCAAACGAGUUGGACAUGCCGUACAUCAGGAAGCAUCAGUACCAGUGCCCAACCAAAAAGAGGAAGAAGAUCAGGGCCACCAAGAACAUCAUGAUUACUACGCACCACCCCACUACACCUUUGAAUACAAAGUUCACGACGAACACAAAGGAGACGUCAAAUCUCAACAUGAAACCAGAGAAGGUGACAAAGUCAAGGGAUUCUACAUGCUGAAAGAAGCUGAUGGUACGGUCAGAGAAGUCCAUUACACCGCCGAUCACAAAAAUGGUUUCAACGCUGAAGUCAAAAGAGUCGGACAUGCUGUCCCUCUAGUACCUGAAUACCAUCACCAUUACUAAUUAUCAAUUAAUAAUUAAAAUAUGUCUAACAAUACGUUGUACUUUUGUAAUAUGAAAUGUGUUCAUGAAA